AUGUUGUCAGGCGGUGAAUUGAAUCCAACGACAAAGCACAGAGAGUUCUCUGGGGUUCCUGGUGCGAUCGGAAUCACUUUUGGGUUACCUGUUUUACUUUUUCUCAUUGGUUUGGCUGCUAAUAAAAAUUAUUCAAUACAAGGUACCCAUAUCGAUUUUGGGGUCAUCAAGAAGCAAUUGCCACAAUCAUUGGAAGAUAUCCAAGCAUUAUGUUUUGAUAAACAGUGCUGGUUGGCGUAUUUAGGAUGGUUUGGAGGUUUAGCGAUUUUGAACGUUAUUCUUCCAGGGAAAGAAAUGAAGGGAAUUCCUUUGAGGGAGAAUACAGUAUUAAAUUAUAAUAUCAAUGGCUUAAACAUGAUGGGCUUGUUUGUUGUGAUUCUACUUGGAAGGCUCUUUCAGGCAUCGAAUUAUUACUUGAAAGAAUUACAAUUCAUCUAUGACCAUCAGUUACAAUUAACAGCUGUUACUAUAAUAUUUUCAUUUCUUUUAGCUGUGUUCGUAUAUGUGAGCUCAUUUUUACCAUUGAGAAAGGAUAAUGGAGCUGGAAACAGACAAAGAAUUUUAUCUGUCAACGGUAAUACAGGAAACCUCUUUUAUGAUUGGUUCAUUGGUCGUGAGCUCAAUCCUCGCAUAGGACCCUGGGAUAUUAAACUAUUUUGUGAGUUACGUCCUGGGUUGCUCUUGUGGAUGCUAAUAAAUUUAUCAUGUGUUCAUAAUCAAUAUCAAGAAUACGGUACUGUUACAGAUUCGUUAAUUUUGGUUAACGUGCUACAAGCAAUUUAUGUGUUUGAUGGUGUGUUGAAUGAAGAAGGUGUCUUGUCCAUGAUGGACAUAACAACUGAUGGGUUUGGCUUCAUGCUCUCUUUUGGCGAUUUGGCUUGGUUACCAUGGUCUUAUUCAUUACAAGCUCGCUAUUUAGCUCUCCCUGAGAACAGAUUAAUUCUUGGAAAAGUCAAUUUGGCUUUGAUCGUAUUGAUAAAUGCAAUAGGUUACUAUAUUUUUCAUUCUUCCAACAAGCAAAAAGCUGACUUUAGGCUGGGAAAGUUGAAUAAUUUAAAGAAUAUUGAAACGAAAACUGGUUCUAAAUUAUUAUGUGAUGGUUGGUGGAGUCUAUCUCAACACAUGAACUAUUUUGGAGAUUGGUUAAUCGGAUGGUCUUGGUGUCUUCCAACUGGCUUCCAAACUCCUUUAACUUAUUUCUACGUUGUUUACUUUGGAGUUUUGCUAGUCCAUAGACAAAUGAGAGAUGACCAAAAGUGUAGGGAGAAAUAUGGCGACCAAUGGACUGAAUAUACCAAGAGGGUUCCUUAUAAAAUUGUACCUUUCGUUUAUUAA